UCUUGGGGGUCUCACUUCAAAUAGCAACGCAGUACGGGGGGCACGAUAGGUACGAGAUGGGCAGAAUCCCUAACGGCUACUUCUCGAGACAAGUACAACAAGAACAGAUCGGGAAACCGCACGAACAGAGAAAACACUUUGGCCCCAUUCCGCGACAGUACGGCGCAGGGGACUCCAUAGGGUUCGGUGGCAAUAGUCCUAAUUAUAACAUUAUAAACCACAGACGGCCUGGUGUUGUAGAUCGAGAGGGAGUUAAGCUGACAGGUGGCCCCUAUCCUGCUUCAAAGAGUAAUGGGACAAAUGUCUGCUUUGACGCGUAUCUAAAGACUCGAGUCAGCGACGGGCAGGCAGACUCCUGCCAUCAAACUGUGUACAACUACAAGGCAGAGAACGCGCAGAGGUCAAUACAUUAUUUAAAAGGCAAGGCGAAAUUGCAUCCUGGCCACAACCAAAUAUUGGAAACAAACGUUACAACUAACUGGGUGCAAAUGUAUCCGCUGGGUGCCCUAUGUGGACAUCAUCCGACCGGUAGUUACACGGAGGAAAACAUUGUUAUUAGAGACAUGGAGAGCUACCGGAGCUCGCCCGAAUUUACCGGGGACAACAACAGCGUGACACAUUUGCAGAGCCCCACAUUCUUCCCCACUGAAUUGGAGCUAUGCGACGUAAACGUGGCUUCCCAUUUCAUAUGCGCUAGAGAGGGAACACUCCGAAACAACUCGAUAGAUAGCGAGGAUGACGAUUAUUAUGAUAACGAAAUUCUCCCCUUUUACAUAUCGGAGUCAGUAGGACCAAGUGACAGAAAGGGCUCUGAUGAAGUAGAAAGCAUAGAGUCGGGAAUAGAUGUUCCAAAAGGACAUGUCAUCAGUGACAGUGUGCAGGAGACAGACAAACUACAUAGCCAGUUGAAAGAGGCGUAUUACCUGCUUAUAAACGCCACGCAUGAUAUUAGUUUUGAUGGUCAGGUCAGUGUCAAUGGAUUUAAAGAUCAAAAGAGCAUGUGGUCAUCCUUCAAGCACGUGGGCAGUGAUGCUUUGUCAUCUGGAGAGUACAGUGCCCAACAGGUGUCUGACAUGGACUCGCUCCCAUUGUGCCUGCUGAGUGAAAAUAAUACUAAUUUAAUUUGCAAGAGCCUUGUAAACCUAUCUGCUAGCAGGAUUAGGCCCCCCUUACUGCGAUCCACUAGUGACGGAAUUAUCAAACACUCCAAUGGCGUGCGCAAUGGGCCCUGUAUCCAGGGCCUCGGUUCCCAAAGCCCUUUGGUUGUUGGGGCCUGUGAAGAUGGGGAUGGAGCAAAUAGGCCGAAGGCUGUUGGAGCCUCUGACCCAUUUGAGAAACAGCCUGGCUACGAUGGUGGCACGAGCAGCGACGGCCUGCUCCAUGACACCGGUGACAAUGGCAAGUCAAAUGAGAGUAGAGGCUCGGUCAACAGCCUUACCGGGCCAUCCGACAAUGCAGAACCCCAGCAGGGUGGUAACAACAACCAGGACAGAGAGAUGAGCGGUUGGACUCUGGACCAGGGAGGCUCUGCCAAGCCCCACGGUGUCACCGUCAACAAGAUGCAGGAGUGGAUGCACAAAGGCCGCCUACUGUCAUCUGAGAUGAAGCAGCGCAUCGCAGGGUCCACGCCCCAACCCCAUGGUGCUCAUGGCGGCCUGGAUAGGGCACCACGGCCCAGACAGGGCCAGGUCAGCUCAGGGCCAGGUGGUUCUAAACCAGAAGCCCUGACGACCAGAGUUGACAGGGCUCAAGCAGCCGCAGUGGUCUCAUGCCAGGGCCAGGCAACACAGAAGUCAGCUCUGAUAGAAAAUGACCACUCCUCCUUCUCCAACGCCCUUGAUGUGGGCGUGGGCAAGGCUGUCGAAACGUCGCUAUGGAGACCCCCGCUCAACACCAUCACCGUCUCCAAGAAACGUAACUGGCUCCAGCAGAGCUCUGGGAGGCCGUGUCACGCCACAGAUGAACCCCAGUACCUUCUGGGAGCAGAGGAAUACAAUGGACACGGAAAAGCUCCACUCCCCCCUCUUAGCCCCUCCCCAGAGAACCUAAACCCUCCCGGGCCAACCCUAUCCCACCCAUUCCACCUACACCUGCCCCUCGUUAGAAUGGGCCACGCCUGUGUGGCGCCUCGUUCCAGGUGUGUGGAACCGACUGAGGAGAAUGAUGCGGAUGAUGAGGGGGAGAUCUGGUAUAACCCCAUCCCUGAGGAUGAGGAACCAGAGCUGCAUCACAGCCACAGACCCACUCCCACCCCCCAGGUCAGGCUGAUGGUGCAGACACGGCCCCAGGAUCCUCACUUCCCCCAGACCCAGAGGAGGCCCAGCAGGGGAGAGGAGGUUGGGGUCCUGCGGGCCCUGGAGGGAUGCAGCCAUAACCUGGAGGGUGUGGGGGAGAGCAUGGGUGGCGGAGGUGGAGAGCGGAGUCAGCAGGGGAUUGCCAUGCGUUGCAUGGGGCCGUCUCUACAUCUGCAAAGACAGAUGCUGCUCGCGUGCAAACCUCAGGAGUGGCCAACCAUUUCCAGCAGAGCCACAGCUACAGCAGAAGCCCCUGACCUGGCCAUCCCUGACUUCCCGCCGCCCUCAGGCCUCAACCCUGCCAAAAAGGGAAGCUCCCUCAACUGGUCAUUCCCGGACAGGAUCAAGUCUCCACGCACUGUCAGGAAACUCUCCAUGAAGAUGAAGAAGCUUCCAGAACUCAGCCGCAAGCUCAGCGUAAAAGGGACCCCUAGCAAAAACAACAACAGCAGCUGCAACGGAGCCAGCGAGAGCAGCAUCUUAAAGACAAGGACCCAGUGUCCCAAAAACAAUUGCGGGUCAGAACCAGGCCCAGCUCCUCCCAGGUUGUCCCCAAGGGGUGGGCAGGGGGCGGUGGCUAGCCAUAAUGUGAUCACGAGGUAUCACCUGGACAGCAGUGUGUCGACGCAACAAAGCUACAGUAAGAAGAAGAAGAGCAGCGGGACCUCCAAGUCGGCUAGCAAGGGGGGCUACCUCAGUGACGGGGACUCCCCAGAACUGGUGACCAAGUCUGGGAAGCACGGGUCCUCAGAGGCCAAGGGAGGCAAUGGGAAGGAGAAAGACCCAGCCACUGGAGGAGGAGAGAGAACAGGAGCAGGAGGAGUAACGGGAGGAAGUGGCAACCCCAGGCUGCACGGCACAGAACUAGACAUUGACGCGUUCCGCCACUACGCCUUCACAGAACAGCCCAAGUGCACCCAAUACAUCUCUGGCCUGAUGAGCCUGCACUUCUACGGCGCCGAGGACCUCAAGCCACCACGCUUCGACUCCCGAGACGUCUACUGUGCCAUCCAGGUGGACUCGGUCAACAAGGCGCGCACUGCCCUGCUCACCUGUCGGACCACCUUCCUAGACAUGGACCACACCUUCAACAUUGAGCUGGAGAACGCCCAGCACCUGAAACUAGUGGUGUUCAGCUGGGACCCCACACCCAAGAAGAACCGGGUGUGCUGUUACGGCACAGUGGUGUUACCGGCACUCUUCAGGGUGACCAGGAGUCAUCAGCUGGCGGUGAAGCUGGAGCCUCGAGGCCUGAUCUACGUGAAGCUGAACCUGAUGGAGCAGUGGCAGAACUCCCUGGAUGGAGGCUACAAUGGGGACCGGGAGCCACAGAUGUUUGGGGUGGAGGCCUGGAGGGUGGUUGUGAGGGAAAACACAGGACUCAUGCUGCCCCUGCUCAUCGAGAAGUGCAUCACGGAGAUCGAGAAGAGAGGCUGCCAGGUUGUGGGCCUCUACCGUCUGUGUGGCUCAGCAGCAGUAAAGAAGGAGCUGCGGGAGGCCUUUGAGAGGGACAGCCUAGGAGUGGAGCUCUGUGAAAACACCUACCCUGACACCAACGUCAUCACAGGUGUUCUGAAGGACUACCUGCGUGAGUUGCCCUACCCCCUUAUCACUAAGCACUUGUAUGAGACUGUGUUGGACUCUAUGGCUCAGAGACCUCUGCGUAUCGGAGCAGGAGGAUGUGAAAAUGACCCGGCAGACACAGAACACACCGUCAGUCUCCUGGAGAACCUGCCAGAGGUGGAGAGGUUCACCCUGCGGAGGCUGCUGGACCAUCUGAAGCUGGUGGCGUCAUACCAUGAGGUCAACAAGAUGACGUGUCAGAACCUGGCGGUAUGCUUCGGCCCCGUGCUGCUCAGCCAACGCCAGGAGGCCAGCUGUCAUAGCAACCGGGUCUUCAUCGACUCGGAGGAGCUGGCCAGCGCCCUACACUUCAAGAAACAUAUCGAAGUGCUACACUACCUGCUGCAGCUAUGGCCAGUGAUGGACCAACGUGACAAGACCUCGUCCCCCAUCCCAGGGCCCCCCGGCCCAGCAGACCAGCUGGCCGUUCCCUCCCUGCGUCGGAGGAAGGAGCGCCCCCAGGUGCUGACCUUGAGCGAUGCAGAGAUGGCCGGGGUGCUGCGGCCCAGGCCGGGCCGUCUGGACAGCCCUAGCAACCGUUACGCCGGGGACUGGAGCCGCUGUGGACAGAGCUACUUCCCCCCUCCUCGGUCCCGGGAGGAAAAGGACUAUGCUGAUGUUCCUUCUGAGGAUAUGGAGGUCACUGAAGAGGAACUAGAGGGGGUAGAGGACAAGGGACAGGAAGGAGGAGAGGAGCAGGGACAGGAAGGAGGAGAGGAGCAGGGACAGGAAGGAGGAGAGGAGCAGGGACAGGAAGGAGGAGAGGAGCAGGGACAGGAAGGAGGAGAGGAGCAGGGACAGGAAGGAGGAGAGGACAAGGGACAGGAAGGAGGAGAGGAGCAGGGACAGGAAUGGUUACUGGACGGGGGACAGGCAGAGCCAGCCACAGCCGAACAGGAGCCCCCGUUACCCGAGGAGGUGAUGGAAGGACCUGUAGAAGUGGAGAAAGAGGAGAGGGAAGCAGAGGAGAGGGAAGCAGAGAGGAGAGUGGAGGAGCGUGAUGGCUCCAGUGGUGGUCAGCCGUCAGACAACAGGGUGUGUGAUGAUGAUGAUGAGGAUGAUGAUGAUGAUAAGCGCAUCCUGCACCUCCACCUCCCCAAAGAGCACACGUACCAGGCCUACAUGAAGAUCCAGGAACUCAGCCCCGUGCUCAGCAACAAGGUCAACCUGCGAGACCUGCAGGAGAGCAUCGACACGCUUAUAGGCAACCUGGAGAGAGAACUCAACAAGAACAAGCUCAACGUCGGCUACUGACUCAAACGCGUGCCCCCAAUGGG